GUCAACCCAAGGUAGUCUCACUUCGCAAGGAAGGAGGAAGAAAGAGGACUGUCGAUAUAAAGGGAAGGGCGGUGGGAAGGGGUGAAAAACCGACUGCCAAAAAACGAACCCUAAAGCAGAAGUUGAGAAGAAAUUUGGGGUGCCUGCUACCUGCCCUGUUUCGAUUCGCCUCGCUAUCCAUGUCAAAGAGGGUUGUUUGCAAGUUCUAUGCCCAGGGAACAUGCCUGAAAGGGGAGCAUUGUGAGUUUUCUCACCAUCGUCGAAGGGUUUCAUCAAAUAAUAUUUGCAUCUACUAUCAAAAAGGAAUGUGCUCUUAUGGUAGUCGAUGCAGAUAUGAACAUGUUAAGGUGUCACAUUCAGAUACACCCACUUCAUCAUCCUCAACACUACCUCUACCUCUACCUCGUCCUUCAAGAACCACGCCAACUACCGAAAUUUCGGUUCCAACUGCUUCUACCAUGUCUCCCCGGAGUAUGGAAUCUACAGAUAAUGCCAGUAAUCUUAGACCAGCUCAUCAAUCUUUCUGCCCUUCUGCUGCUGCUGGUAAUUGUCCUCAUCCAGAAAAAUACCCUUCCGUGCAUGAAGAUUUGUGUCCGACCUGUGGGAAACAUUUCUUGCAUCCUUUCAUACCUCAAGAAAGGGAACAACAUAUUAGAGCCUGUGAGAAAAGGAAAAGGCAUGAUGAGGCACUGAAACGGAGUCAAGAAAUAGAAUGUAGUGUGUGCCUGGAGCGUGUAUUAUCCAAGUCCACUCCAGCUGAAAGGAAGUUUGGGAUUCUUUCGGAAUGUGAUCAUUCAUUCUGUAUAUCCUGUAUUAGGAAUUGGCGCAGCAGUUCACAAUCCUCCAGGGUGGAUCCCAAUACUGCAUGCAGGUCAUGCCCAGUUUGUCGUAAGAUAUCCUACUUUGUCAUUCCUAGCAGCGUUUGGUUUUCCACACCUGAAGAGAAGCAGGAAAUUAUUGAUACCUACAAAGCUAAACUGAGAUUGAUAGAUUGCAAGCACUUCAAGUUUGGAAAUGGAAACUGCCCCUUUGGGACCAGUUGUUUCUACAAGCAUAAGGUCAAGCCAGGUUCAUAUGCAUGGAAACAUCACAGGCCACCUCCUCGCAUGCCUUCUCAUCGCAGAUCCAAUGAUAUGGAAAUGUUCUCAUUUUUUGAUGAUAUGUUUGAGAGCUUGGACGUUGAAGAUUUAUGGGAUUGGGAUGAUGAAUCAGAUUAUGAUGAUUUUACAGUAGAAGACGAUGAAGAAGGAAUUGGAAUGGCCUUAUAUUUGAUGGGACGUCUUUUUGGCUUAGGUGAUGAGGAGAAUUAAUCUCCUUUAGGUUUCCUAGGUGCAUAGAUUUAGAAAUGUUUGUUAAGUCUGUUCUUGUGUUGGAUUUUUGGAGAUGUGAUGAUUAUUGGGUUUUUUUAUGGCCCGCCACAUUUUGCAUAUGGUGGAAGACUAUUGUUGGGAGUUUGUAAGUUUGAUCGUUUUAAUUCACAUCAUGUAAUAUUGUGGCGAGAUGUAAGACUAUUUGAAACCUUUUCAUGUGAUCUGAAUAAAGUUCCAUACAUAGC